AUGACCCCACCUACUGACGGGGUUGAAGCCGCUCUGGUUUCGGAUCUGGAGUCAACUAUCAUCAAUCUCGAGCAGUCUUUCUUCCACAACGGCUUUCAAGGCGGCGUCGUCCACGGCCGUUUGCAUGGCCUGUUCGAGGGGCGAUCGAUCGGCAAGGACCACGCGUGGCAACUCAGCGAAGAGGUUGGCUACUACCAUGGCUUCGCUCUCGUAUGGGCACACUUGCUGGCUGCACAUGAAAAGGGACCGACUCGGUGGGUUAGGCUCCUUCUCCUCUUCUCUGCGUCCACACAACUCAGUGGAAAGGAAAGCGAACUGAACAUGUGUUGAGAGAUUUUCUCCGGGGAUUGCUUCCUCGUCGACUUCGCAUUCAGCGCAACAACCAACCUCCGACAGAUUCUUUUCCUAUCGGCGAGCUUCCCGCUCCGGAACAACUCGUCGGCUCCGGUAGAGCGGUCUGAACUCGAUAUAACAGCGAUGCUGAACAACCAACGUGUCAAGUACCGUGCAGUCUGUGCAGCCAUAGGGGUCCGACCUCGGAUCACUGUAGCAUCUGCCGGCACGAACAGCAGCUCCGGGAAACUUGGUGGGGGCUUAUGA